UAAUGACGUCAUCAAACAUAUCGAAACGCGUUCGACUGCGGCCAACAUGUUACAAAGUUUCAAUGGCUCGUGAUUUCGCGCGUCGAUGCCACGGCCGUUCGGCGCAAAACGAAACAGGGUAGACAGCUUGUUUAUUUUCAUUUUGGCGUGAGACAAAUUCGUUCCUACGCAGUGACCUUUCGGAGAUCGCAUGCAGAAUAUCGCGUAGGAGUCGUUUUGAGCGCGGUGAAGAUUUGCUCGCUGCCUGUUUCCUUCAUCGCUCAAUGGAGUCACGGGUCGGGUUCAGUCGUGAGGAGAUCAACAGCACGAUCUGGGAAGUUCCGGACAAGUACGUUUGCCUGAAGCAGAUCGGAACCGGGGCGUAUGGCAGUGUGUGUUCAGCUAUCAAUAACAAAAGCAAAGAGAUGGUGGCCAUCAAGAAGUUGCACCGGCCUUUUCAGUCGGAGAUCUUUGCGAAGAGGGCCUAUCGUGAGCUGAGGCUCCUCAAGCACAUGAAACACGAAAAUGUGAUAGGACUGCUAGACGUCUUUACUCCCGCCUCCAGACUGGAUGAGUUCCAAGACUUCUACCUGGUGAUGCCAUACAUGUUCACAGAUCUCUCCAAAGUCAAAGGUCUCCUGACAGAAGAUCGCGUACAGUUCCUGGUCUAUCAGAUGCUCUGCGGACUUAAGUACAUUCAUGGUGCUGGCAUCAUUCACAGAGACCUCAAACCAGGAAAUCUGGCCGUUAACCAAGAUUGUGAGCUGAAGAUCUUGGAUUUUGGCCUGGCACGUCACACAGAAGCAGAGAUGACGGGUUACGUCGUGACACGCUGGUACCGGGCCCCUGAGGUCAUUCUGAACUGGAUGCACUACACGCAGACAGUGGAUAUCUGGUCUGUUGGAUGCAUCAUGGGCGAAAUGUUCAAUGGAAAAACACUCUUUAAAGGAAAAGACUACAUGGAUCAGUUGACUCAGAUAAUGAAAGUGACAGGGACACCUGGUCCAGAAUUCAUUGGCAAACUCGAAAGCCCAGAGGCAAAGAGCUACGUCAGCUCGCUGCCCCUGUACCCACGCAAGGACUUCUCUGCAUUGUUUCCUAGAGCUAGUAAAAAAGCGGUAGACCUGCUUGAGAAGAUGCUGGUGUUAGAUGCAGACACCCGCCUCACUGCUGAUGGCGCGUUGGCACACAGCUACUUCGAUGGCUUGAGAGACCCAGAGGACUGGCCAGAGCCGACACCAUACGACGACAGCUACGACAAUGCCACAUUGCCUUUAGAAGAAUGGAAACGUUUAUCGUUUAAAGAAGUGAGGAGUUUCAUUCCGUUCCCAAGAAGGGAUUCAAAGAGAAGAAACACGCUCACAAUGUCGUAGUGACACUGUGACUAGUGUUAAUGAAAUACUGUAUUACAACGAUACAAUUUAGGCCUUCAACUAUUGGAACUAUUUUAGUAUUUUGUAAACACCCGACUGCUUUAGGAAUAUGUAGUAUUUAUGGGCCUCUGGUGUUAGUGUUUCUGGGUAAUAUGUUAUACCUGUCUCUUGCGUUGCUAAUAUGCAUGGUAACCACACAAGGGUAGUUCACCCCAGAGCCGUUGGGAGAGAGUCGUGACAACGGAAGUUCAUAUUUAUCGCGUGUCACGUGAUUCAUGGAGCCUUCAGAUAGUUCCAGGAAGUUAUGUUUUCUCCUUAAAUGCUUUAUUUCUUUCAUUUUUUUAUUCAUUAAAUGACUUGCGUCUUUAAAUGUUUUAAAGGUUUGUCACAAUUGGUCUGUUUUGCUGUAGCUCCUUGCGUUACUAGUUACUUUCGGCAACUAUUGAUGGCUCCAUGAACUGCCAUUGCUGUGAAAAAACUGUUCCAUUGGAGUCAACAGAGUUGAUGCAACUCUCUCUCUCUGGAUGGCUCCGUGUUGCCCAAAAAUGAAAAUUCUGUCAUCAUUUACCCUUGUUGCUUGAUGACUUGUAGGCGAUACAUAUCUUCUGAGGCCAAAUGAUGAGAUGUAGAUUAUAUGCUUUGUGUGAGGACGGGAUUUCCCCAAAAAGUGUAAACACUGCCUCUGUUGCGCUUUAAAGGCAGAGCUGAACAUUAUGGAUCCCGUCUAACAUUACAAGAGACGUGCUUGAUAUUAAAAUAAGAUUUUAAAAGUGCAGUAGGUUCUAAUGUGCUAUCUAUCUGCGUGCAUGCUCUGUGACGAGUGCUUGUGAUAACUCAAGUACCUGCCUCAAUGGCCAAAAGCACUUCAAUCACUAAAUCAGAAUGCAUCUCUUAUUCAUGUAAACACGGUAAAUGUAAAAAACAGGAAAAUUUGGAUACAUGUCCAAAUAUUGUACGACAGAGAUGGCAAUAGAGCUGAAAGAUACAAAUUGCAGAUUUAAUGUUAAACAAAAAAAGAUCAAAAAUCCAUUCGCCGUUUUUGGCCAAUGCACUGGUCAAUAAACCAAAACAUUAAAGAGAUACUUCACCCAAAAAUGAAAAUUCUGUCAUCAUUUACUCACCUUCGAGUUGUUCCAAAUCUGUAUAAUUGAAAGAUAUGUGGAAGAAUGCUUGUAACCAGACCGAUUGUAUGGGGGGGCAAAAUCUGUCCGGUAUACAGAUUUCGAACAACUCGAAGGUGAGUAAAUGAUGACAGAAUUUUCAUUUUUGGGUGAAGUAUCCCUUUAAACUUCAAUCCCUAACACAAUACACUUUUCAAAUAUAACUUUCUUUUCAGUCUGUUCCUCACAUAAAGAUGAAUAUGAAUUGGCUCAUACAGUAGGCCUAUAUAACAUGGUGCUUUUUGUACUUUUGGAGUGUGUCAGAGUACUUUCAUUGUACGGAAAAGAGUAGAGUGAAUAUUAUGAUUUUAAUUUGUGUUACACAAAAAAGUGGGUGAACUAUUCCCUAUACUGUCAGGUGUCAAUAAUAGAUAGCUAUAUACAGAUAGAGGUACAAUAAAUGGUUGACUAAAUAUAUCAGUCAAACUCUGAGGUUCAGUAUUCUGAAAUGUUUACCUACCUAGUCUUGUUUAGCGUCUUUGAAAGGUGAGACAGGAUGUUUUACUUGGAUGUAAAUGUGAAUUAAUUGAUUGGCCACAACAAAUGGCACUUUAGAGCCGAGGGCACAUUAAGGUUUUAGUAGCAUGAUGGUGUUAGAUGUAGAGGCCCAUUCAAAUCUGUUUUUCUAAAGAAACUGACUUCAUUUGCAUUAUUACAAUGUUUGGGAUGGAUGUUAACUGACAUUUUAUGACUUAAGUGCUGUGCUGUGCUUUUCAUUGCCAUGUUAUUUCAAGUAUGUAACCAAGAGUUCUGGAUUGAGGGACCCAAAUGUAACGAUUUAAGAAUACAUUAUUAAAAAAACACAUUAGUCUU